CCGUCACCGAAUUUAUUUCUCCUCCUUCUACCUUCUCCUCGUCCUUCUUGUUCUCAAUUAUUUUGAAGUUCUUAUCGCAAAUAUGGGGGAUUUAAGAGCAGGAGAAACUCGGACGAGCCAACCCACUUCUUCUACAAUAUCUAACGACGGGUCGUGCGAGACCAAGGAGCCUUCCAGCUUGGGCAAUCUGGUGACGGAAUCUAUGUCUACAGAAUGGACAGAUGAGAAACACAGCUUGUACCUCAAGUCCAUGGAAGCAUCAUUUGUAAACCAGUUAUAUGAUUCCACGGAUUCUCUUGGUUUUUGCCGCUUGUCAGAUUCAACAUACUCCAGGAAAAAGUAUCUUAACACUCGCACCUCUUCUGGCCAGUUUAAGGUUCUUCUAGGUGGCCACUGGAAGGAGAUUAAUUUUGACAGAGCUGUUGAGCUUCAGCUCAAGAAAGCAGACGGGUCUAAAGGUCUUCUGGCAAGUCCUUGGAUACGGCACUUUAGAUCUGGAUGCACACCACGUGUUGUAGCAUCUGCAGAUCUCCAGAACAAUGUUGCAUCCAUAAGUGAAGCUUUGGAUUUAGUUGGGAACCACACAGUGUUCUGCGGAUCAGAUAAUUGUAAUUUGAAGCACAAUCGUGCGUGUCACUUUCAUCUAGACCAUCAUGAUUUGGUUAGCAGCGACACAGAGGUGUCUGAUCAGAACUUUGCUAAUGAAGAAGCUGAAGGAGAAAAGGAAAGCCUUAUGUGCAAUGCAAAAAGGAUGAAAUCUUGUUCAAGUGAUGCUAUCAAUGAUCAGAGGUGUCUGAUCAGAACUUUGCUAAUGAAGAAGUUGAAGGAGAAAAGGAAAGCCUUAUGUGCAAUGCAAAAAGGAUGAAAUCUUGUUCAAGUGAUGCUUCUAUCAAUGAUCAGGUUGUUCCACAUAAUAACUCUCCCACAACAGAAGAUGUUACCAAGAAUUGUCUCUUCGGCUAGGUGAAAUCCGUGACUAGCCGACAUGGAAACGACCGACUUCUAAGAAGGAGGUUACUGAUCGAACCGUGCAUAUCAAUAACAAGGAGAUCUAACAGAAGUAUUAAAUGCUGUGCGAGAUGAAGGGGAAAAGUGGCUUUGCGGUUCUUAAGCUGUUCUGGUGGUUCUUGCCUAGCAUCAGUGCAACCACAUAGGAAGUAUAAAGAUUGUGGGAGCAUGUGCUAUCCUGGCCAUCGAUCUAUGUGUGUACAUACAUACAUUGAUAUAUAUCACUGCCACUAUUCUGGUACUAUACUAGGACUUUUGGCUGUGUUGGAAAUUGGAGCCGUGUUGAAUGACAUCUAGGCGUUACUGAUUGAUUAUCUGCAAGAAUUUCUUCCAGAUGUACUGAAUACUGAAUAAGAUUAUCUGCAUCUAGUUC